AUGCACAAUGUCGCGAACAUCACGCGUCAAUCACUGGAUGAGUUCCGCAUGACAGACAUAAUGCAAGCCAUUGAACGAGGUCACGUCGAUGCAGCACAAUCUCUUCUCAAUGGUGUAUCGCCUAACAUUCAGGACCGCACGGGCCGAACCCUCUUGUCCCGAACCAUCUCAUUUAAUUCAAAACAAGAUCUCCGGAACCGCCUCAAUGUAGAUGUGCUCUUUGACCUCCUCAUUGCCAGAGGUGCUGACCCCGACCUUGGGGACCAUACCGGAGAAACGCCCCUGCAUUGGGCAGCUAAAGCGGGAGACCAUGAGAUAGUGUGUCUACUCUUGCAAAAGGGGGCUCAGUCGGACCCCGCGGACAAAUGGGGCCGCACACCGUUAUCCCGAGCUGCAGAGAGAGGACAUAAUUUACUUGUCGAGCGACUCUUGGUUGACGGUCGCGCGGAUUCUAACAGUAGAGACAGACGCGGUCGGACGCCGUUAUCUUGGGCUGCUGAGAACUCACAUUUACACAUCGUGGAAACAUUGGUUGACCACGGUGCUGAUGUCGAGAUCCGUGAUAAUGAGGGACAGAUACCCUUGUGGUGGUUUCUAAACAACACAGACCGAGGUAAUGAUAAUCGAGAAACUGAAACAGACCUGGUGGACUUCCAGCGAUGGUGUUCAAUUCUUGGCCCCAGAGGAAGCACAGAGCCAGUGACCAAGAAACGACGAACAUUUUUGGCUUGGGCCUGUGAGCGAGGCGAUCAGCGUCUGGUCCAAGAACUGCUCCGAACGACGUGGACGGAUCCAAAUUCGAUUGAUCGCCACAGGAAAACGCCGCUUAUCUAUGCUUUGGAGUGGAAACACUACGAAAUAGCUGACAUGCUUAUGUCUGGAAUAGACCCGGAGACAACGAAAAAGGACUGCGUGUCACUGCAUCUUCUUAUACGAGAAGGCCGCUCCCGCCUGUUGAAACUGUUCUUAGACCGAUACACGUCCAAUCUAAAGGAGGAGGAUAUGUACAGUACGAUCCCUCUCAUGAGAAUGGCCCUCCAGCAAAGUGACCGGCCAACCGUGAGGCUACUCUUAGACUACAAAGCCAGUACGCAGGGUCUCAAAAGCAGUGAUUGGUUUGGGCCCUGUAGCACACUGAGGGCGGCGGAACCUCUAGUGGGUCUGAAUAAAGCGAAUUGGGAUGGUUAUUCCUCUAUACCAGUAAUGGAAAUGACAAUCCAGGAGCGUGAUCGCACUGCGGUCGCCACUUUACUCGGGAAACGUGCUCGAAUCCUUGAACUCGAAGACGACGAUGACGAUUUUGCCCAGUACUCUAGCAACAUCCAGCAGAGCAUCGCUGUGGAUAUAAUGACGCUUAAGGAUGGACGACAGGACGUAGAGUGGAUUUUGGAGGAAGCAUUUGACCAGAAAAUGAGAAAGAUGACAAAGAGCGCAGACGAGAGUCAUCUGAUACUCUUUCGAGAGAACCAGCCGUGGAACACAUAUUGCCAGAUGGACAACCUCCCCAACGAACUAGAGUUCUCCCUGGGCAACAGAAGCCCAUGCAGGACCUUUAGUCUGUCGAUAGUCACCCGUUUCCAGAACAUGAAGGCCCCACAGGAGUCUCCUGAAGACAAAAAUGGCGAGUACUACCGUCUCCGAACAAUUGAAUGGUCAGUACUUGAAGCGCCUCCUAAAACAAUUCACUAUUUCAGUAAUCUGCCAUUUGGCUGGACCCCGCAAAGCGACUUGGAGUUUAUCGAGCUGUUCAUGCAAACUUGGAAGGACGACUGGAUAAGCUUCUGUCGAGAUGAAAGGAGAAACCUUGGGCACUUGCGAUCAUAUCAGCUGGCCGCUGCUGGCAAAGAUGACUUGCUAAUUGACGCUAUAGCGGGGAAUAUGCAAAAGUGGACCCAAAUGCAAUGGAUGCUGGAAGACCAGCUAAAUCAGGCGAGGGAAUUUGUUUCACAGUACCAAGCGUUCACUGAGAGUCGGCAGCUCAGUGAGCACAUGGGUAAGAUCAUCACUACUUUUGAGCAUGAUGUUUCAAACCAGAUCGAUAAAAUGGAGCAGGGGAUUCGGGACUUGCUUCAAGUGGAAUUUGCAUGGGUGUCAAUCAAUGAAGCUCACCGGUCCACCAGUCUAGCCGCGAGCAUGAAGCGGCUGAGUUGGAUCACGUUCAUAUUCCUCCCUCUCAUGUUUACCUCAAGUCUUCUCGGAAUGAACGUGGACAUCCUGAAAGAUGACCCGAGUUGGUGGUGGUUUCUCGUCAUUGGAGGGUCCCUGACAUUUCUCACGGUAGUCUCUUGGGUCGGCGCCAGAUUUACACGAGUUGAAACGUGGUUAGAGCACAUACUAUGGCCACAACCGAAGCGAAAGCAAUACUCUCUCGACCAACAUAUGCGGCCAUUCAGCAGGUCAUUGCCGCCUUAG